AGUAAAGUUGCAUCAUCAUUAUCAUAAAAAAACAACAACUUCACUUAGUCUUUAUGUUGAUGCAGGCAGACAUUAAUGGAAUCUGGUACAUGUUUUUUCAUGAAUGCAAAUGGAAAUAUUUGAUUUACAAGACAGUCAAGAAAUGGAGAAAAUGGGUGUAGGUCAGAUGUGUAUGUGUAGAUCAGAUUAGCUAGAAUCCUGUUGUUGGGCAUGUGACCAGUCAAAAUGGUGUAAACAGCUGAUCUAACAUACAGAUCACUUGAAGGGUGGGGGAUUUCUUCCUUUGGGACGAUAGGCGUGAUGUGUGGGUUUGCCUUGCUCGUGAAGACUGGCCCCUUGAUGUGUGGCCUUGACCUUUGACCUUGACCCACUUUCAAGGUCAAACCUUGAAAACUCCAUGAGAGGGAAAGAUUGACCUUGACCUCAUUUUGAAAGUCAGAGAGGUCACGGGGCUUCGCACAAGUGGUCCCGCGUCUCUAUCUAGAUCCGUGAAAAAGUUGUGGGUUCGAAUGACAACGUCAGAGACUUUCGGGGCGAGAACCGUGCUUCAGGGUUCUCGGUUUCCCUGUGUCAACUUCUCUGUGCGAGAGUGUUUUAUUGUGAAUUCGUCGGGGAAGGUCUCGCGUCUCCACGACUUUCGGUCUAGUAGGAGUAGCGAUAACAGGGUUUUCGAUGCGAGUCGCCAACAUUCGCAGUGUGGUCAAAGUUUUAGAGUUGUAAUUCAUGAUAUCGAGACCAAUCGAGAAUUCCUUGCUGACCCAUGUGAUAUUUCGAUGCUAUCUGAAGAGGGAAAGAGAGUAUAAAAAGUGCCAUUUUCUCGCCAUUCUGGAUGAUCUUUGACCCUUGACCUACUUUUCAAGGUCAAGGUCACACAACCCAUUCCAGUGUGUUCCGUCUCUCUACGACGAAUACUUUAGGAGUCGUCAAUUUUUUAGGUAGAAAUUGCAAAACAUAAGGGGGCAUUAACUCCUGUUGACGGUCAGCAUGUGGUGAAAAACAUUACGAAGAAGUUGUUUGCUGUCAAGAAACUGAGUAAAAGUGUGAUCAUGCAUUUACAGAAAUGUUUCAAAUAUGCAUUUGCUAAAAAUCAGGGAGAUGCGAAAGGACUGGAGGAGAAUUUACGGGCAAUAGUUCCUCACCAGUUUGGUGACCAUAGUUUGUGUGACUCGAAAUUCUGUGGAUUUAAGCGAAGUCCUGAUCAGGCAUACAGCCAUAAGAGUUUACCAUACAAAACAGCUCUAAAGGAUGACGAGAUGAGAUUUAAACUUGAUGAGAUUUUCUCGACAGUCAUCGCCAAUUCGGAACAGUUUGCUGAAUUAGGUUCAAGUCAACAAUGCGAGCAUGUGAAUCGAGAGGUCACUCUUAGAGUUCCAAAGUCCCUACAUUAUGGGAAUUCAGAGGCUCUUGAUUUCAGAGUAGCUGCAACAACAGCUUUCAUAAAUGAGGGAAGAGAGUAUAUCACAAAGCAUUUUGAGACAUCUUGGGAAAUCAUGUCAACCAAGAUGCAGGAAUUUCACCAGGGAAAUUCACCAAAGCUUAUGCUGAUGAUCAGAUGAAGCGCCGCAAGCACUCACAAGAAAAGUCAAAGCUGCCCUCUACAAAGCGACGGCGCUUGAUCCUGAAACAGGAACGUGUCAUAACACAAGGAGCAAAUGAAGUAUUAGAGGGUGCAUCAUAUCAGUCUGAUAUAGCACUUGAUUCAAAUCUAGAUGUGGAACAGUUGCCAGAGGCAGUGCCCAGUGGGAAUUUUAAAGCUGUUUCAAUCCCUGAGAAUUCUACAUUUGUCGCAUUUGAUUUGGAGACGACUGAUCUAGUUCGAGGAGGAAGGAUGCCUCAUAUUACCCAGAUUGCUGCCAAGACCAUUGGAACCAAUGACAGCUUUUCUGCUUACGUCAUUCCAAAAAUGCCUAUAUCAUCUGCAGCCCAAGAUAUCACAGGGAUUGUGUACAACAACAGUGGCACAAUGACUGUUCGUGGAAAACAUGUGGAACCAAAGACCUUGAGUUCUGCUGUUACCAAGUUAUGCGAUUGGCUAGCCCAGUAUCCGCAUGUGUUUCUAGUUGCCCACAAUGGAAAGACGUUUGAUUACCCUGUGUUCCUGUCUGCAUUGAGCAGUAUCGGUAGUGUGGGCAGAUUCAUGGAUUGUGUAAUAGGACUCAUCGAUAGCUUGGCCGUCUUCAAGAAAAAAUACCCCCGUUUAUCAUCUUACAAACAGGAAGAACUUGCUAAAUCCCUUUUGAAUGCUACGUAUGGAGCACAUGAUGCUGAAGAGGAUGUGAAUAUACUUGUGGACCUUGUUUCACACUCAAAGAUGACCGAAAAGGAACUUUCUACUUUCAGUUUUCCACCAAGCGCAGUUUGCAACCAGCUAAAGUACAACAAGAUGAAAGCAUCCAACUUGCCUUCACUACAUCCUCUUAUUGGAAAAGGAGUUUUCAGGAUCACUAUAGCUGAAAAAAUUGCAGGUUCAGGAUUUAAUAUCUCUCAUCUCAGAAAAAAUUUUCAACGAGAUGGGGAAGAUGGGCUUUAUAAUACGUUUGUUUGUAAAAACAGUGAUGGACAGCCCCGUGUUACAAAUACAAAAAAAACACUAGAGGAAGUGAUUCCCAAACUUGUUCAAGCUUUAAAGUGAUUCUUAAAAUUAUGUAUUUGUAGAUUUGUUUAAUAGUUGAACAUGCCUCUUGGGAAUUAUUUCAUGAAUACUAUGACACUUCAGAAAUAUUUAUUUUUGCUCACACAUCAAAUUAUCUAAUUCACACAGAGAGUUGUGUCAAAGUCAAUGUUCAUACCAAUUUUGAUAUGCAUGUAGUUAAUUUGAGAUGUUUUUGCUGAGCUUGUAUAAUUCAUGCAAUAUCAAGAAUCAUGAUUAUAAUUUCAUCAUAUGUUGUUAUUAUAUUUAUUAUUAUGUAAUUAUUAUUUAAUUGGUUGCAAAUUGCACUCGGAGAUAAGCUGAAAGUAGAGAGUUCUUUUCCGGUCAUGUCAGGGUCAAUCUUUGAAAUAAAACUGCAUGUACAGUAUUUAUUUAUGGAAUGCAAAUAUAUUCAUAUUUACAUGUGUAAACUACACAACUUGGUUAUACAAGAUGUUUUCUGCAUUGAAGAAAUCCAUGAGAUAUUUUUUUUGGCCGUGGCUCCUGCAAAAUUAAUUCAAGGCCAUUUUAAUUGAUAGAUACAAUUAUGUGGUUUUUUUUAAGAUUAAUUACAGGGUUAAGGAAAUAUAAACAUUAUUGAACUAUAUCAUCUCUAUGUGGUUAAGACUUUAAAACCAUAAAUUUUACAUAAUUUUUUAUUUUUUAUUAAAUCAAAAGCUCUAAAUUGGCACCGUUAUGUGAUGAAGGUCAAUUUAAAUUUGUCAAGGUCAUUGCUUUGAAGGAAACAUUAGCCACAAGAAAUUGCAAUUAAUCAAUUAUUAAGUUUAAUUCAUAAAUAUGUGUUAGGUUUUAGUUAAAAAUGAGCAAAAAUACAUUUUUUAUGCUUUUAGUAAUGUCCGCAGAGGAAAAAAAUAAGGGGGUAGGCUUAUGGAAAACUGAAUUUCUCUCUUUUCUGUGGAUAAAUUUUUCAUUUUCUUACUUUUUUAUCAAGUACAAAUACUCAUUGAAUUUUUAUACUCAUUUAAUUUGGUUUCCUUCAGUUAACAAAGAUUUUUAAGGAAAAAAAUAUGACAUGGCAUUUUCAAUCUGUAUAUGCUUUUUCUCGGUAGUAUAUCAAUUUCAACCAUUUUUACAGGAUUUACUCUAUUGUUUCAGUAAAAUUGAUGUAUCAAUUCAGUCUUUUAUGGUUUCUAAGCUUUAUCACAGUCACAUUGAUGUCUUUUUUCAUUUUUAAUUCUCAUAAUAUAGAUUUUUUACAUGUACCAUUUGCUUCUUUUCGUCUUUUAAGCCGCUGAUCUAUUAUUUGAUAUAUCUCAAAUUCCUGUGGAUGAAAACUCAUGAAACUUUCACAAUUGAUGUACUUUGAUAUGUCAUUUAUGAAAAGAAACUUGAUUUUUGAAUCCUGCAUACAGCUCAUUAUGCAUGUAAUA